ACUGCUCACGUGCUUCCUAGCUGCAGUCACAUGACUCUGCACUUCCUUGUUCCAUUCUUUCCUGCGAUACCAGAAGUAAAUAAAUCCAUUGUAAUGUUCGUCAGGUUUAUAAAAGCAUAGCGUGAUCCGACACAGAGGAUUCAUUUCGUCGCCGAGGCAAACAGGAGGACUUUGAGAGUUAAUAGUUUUGUUGACUAGGAGGAUUGUUCCUGUACCAGGUCGGUGUGAUCUGACGCAGUCUUGCUUAGCUUCGCUCUCUCAAUCAAAAGCAGUGAUCAGAUCAGAUCAGAUCAUGCCCCAGAGAUCCUGAUAGGCAUCCCACAGGUGUGUCAGGACAGAUCACUCAGAUCACUGAGACAAGCUCACUGAGAUCACUGAGAUCACUGGGAUCACUGAGACAAGCUCACUGGGAUCACUGAGAUCACUGAGAUCACUGGGACAAGAUCACUGAGAUCACUCAGAUCACUGAGACAAGCUCACUGGGAUCACUGAGAUCACUGGGACAAGAUCACUGAGAUCACUGAGACAAGCUCACUGAGAUCACUGAGACAAGCUCACUGGGAUCACUGAGAUCACUGGGACAAGAUCACUGAGAUCACUGAGACAAGCUCACUGAGAUCACUGAGACAAGCUCACUGGGAUCACUGAGAUCACUGAGACAAGCUCACUGGGAUCACUGAGAUCACUGGGAUCACUGGGAUCACUGGGACAAGCUCACUCUGCUCUCCAGCUGCACAUUAACCAGACAUGUCGAAGUACACAAGUUUCCCUGAGCCCACUGAGGAUCACAAUCCAUUCCAGGAUCCUUCAGUGACUCAACACAGCGGCAGCUCAGACUAUCCCACACUGGACCUGUACAAUCCCUUCGACAACAGGGCGAGUGGGCCUCCGCCUCCUUACGAGGUCGCGCCACCAACCGCACCACCAACCCUCCCACCUCAGACUCUGCCUAGCAGGACUACGCCCACAGAACCCAGGAAUUAUGGAUCCUACAGCACACAGCAAUCUGCAGUGAACGCCACAACAGCUGACUUGCUGAGGAAGCAGGAGGAGUUGGAGAGGAAAGCAAGGGAGCUGGAGAGGAGGGAGAGAGAGCUCGACUCCCAAAGCCGCAGCACGGGAUCCACCUCUCAGAAGAAUUGGCCUCCAUUGCCAUCUUUCUGUCCGGUGGGUCCGUGCUUCUAUCAUGACAUUAACGUGGAGAUCAGCCAGGGCUUUCAGCGCAUCGUCACCAUCAUGUACUACUACUGGAUGUGUUCAGCUUGCACUCUGGUCUUCAACUUCAUGUCCUGCCUUGCUAUGUUUUGUGUGGACACUACUAGUGGUGUAGGCUUUGGCCUAGCCAUCCUCUGGCUUCUGCUCUUCACCCCCUGCUCCUUCGUCUGUUGGUACAGGCCUGUGUAUAGAGCAUUCAGGAGUGAUAGUUCCUUCAACUUCUUUGUGUUCUUCUUCAUCUUCUUCGUCCAAGUGGUGGUGUACAUCCUUAUGACUAUUGGCAUUCCCGGCUGGGGCUUCAGUGGCUGGAUAGUGGGUCUUGCUGCAUUAAAGACAAAUACUGCAGUUGGGGUGAUCAUGCUCUUGAAUGCAUUGGUCUUCACUGCUCAGGCUGCCAUGGGUGUGGUUCUGCUCAAGAAGGUCCACUCUCUCUACAGGCAGACCGGCGCCAGCUUCCAGAAGGCCCAGGCAGAGUUUGCCACUGGGGUGCUUUCAAACGACGCCGUGCGCCAAGCAGCCGUGAACGCCACCGCCUCGGCAGCGCAAGGGGCCUUCACCGGAGCCCGUUAGACUGAAAGGCAGCAUGAAUGGGGGGCUGGGGAGAAACUGAGGAUGAGUAUGAGCUCAAAAAGAGUCUACAGGUAUAGAGAGAAUUCUGUAUAUUUCGAUACUUGCAGUCCGACACUGUUUCGAAACAUACACUAGGCCCUUUUGCUUGUGUGGGAGGAAUAGAUACAAUAGAUCAAGGCAAAAUUUAAUUACUUGAUGUUUUUUUUUUUGUUAGCCUUAUAAUUAACCUUGUUUAUCAUACCCUUGACCACAUGGCUGUCAUUACCGAUCGGCAGAACCAUAAACUAGGUGAGAGUGGCAGUUUUUGGGAUUUGUUUCUUUGUUCUUUAUUGUCAUUGUGAAUGAUAAAUUGAUUAGGAAAGCGCUGCCAAGUAGAUUAAACUGCACCACACAGGUAUCUCUCUCUCUCUAUCUGUCUCAUUCUCUCUCUCUCUCUCUCUGUCUCAUUCUCUCUCCCCCUCAUUAGUAUAUAAAUGCUGCGUAAAUGUUAAUGUUAAAUCGCAAGCUGUCCACACAGAUCUGGCCACUCCAAGUUUGAAAAAGGAAAAAAAAACAUGAUAUUUUUUUUUUGAAAGUCAUAGGACAGUUUCCUAUUUUCUACUGUAGGAAAUGUAAUGGUUUGUUAACCUGCUUGAAUAAAGUGUGAAGCACUUCAGAGGCAUCAGAAAUUGAAUAUAAGUCAUAAUUCAUAAUUUAUGCAAAAAAAUAAAUCUUUGUAUCCAGCAGUUACAGUUCGAAAUAAAACGAUCUACAGUAUAUAAUGCUCCCUACAGUUGUGGAAACAAAUGAAAAGAAACAUAUAAGAUAAGUGUGUGCUAAAGGAUAAUAAUACUGAUACUAGCCUAUAUUAAAGUUGCUUUAUAAUCUUGCUCUGUAAUCUAAUACUGUGUGCCAAAAUUCCCUGGGCUCUAUGUAAAAACAGUCAGGAGAAAGAUGAAUUAUUUUCGCCUCUGUUUAAAUCCUCUAAAUCACUUUAUUUGUAAAAGAUUAGUGGCUUCAGUUGAACGUAACGCUGUCGGGCUUAUGCCUCGCUGCCGCGAUUACAAACAUAGAGCCUUACGGUUCCCAGUUUUCGUGUUUAUUUUGAAAUGUCAUUCUGCAUGGUGAAUUUCCUUUUCCCAGUGUACAUUUGUGUUGUUUGAAAUCUCUCAGUCUUAAAACAUGUGUGCCCAAGAGACCUCAUGAUCCAGCGCCUGUUCAUUGCUUACUGUCCUGAAAGAAUAAUAAGUGUAAAAUGUAUAUAUUAUAGACAAGUCUGAAUUAACACACCUUUAAAAUCCUUCAUUCAUACCUUCAUUCUGUCAUUUUGUGAAUGAAACAGUUCCAGACUGUUAAGACUAAAGCAAAGUGCCAGCAGCCAUCAUCCAGGAUCUUAUUGUUCAGUGAUUUGUAUGAAAAUGUAUAAAUGCUACUUAACUGUCUAACAUUCUGUCCUCCUCUUGUAUUUUCCUACGAUCGCCAGUCUACGUUUUUUGCACAAUGCCAAAUGUAUUUAUCCAGUUAUGUGUUAUUUUGUUCUCUCGGUGUUGUGGGCUACAGGUUUUUUUUAUUUUACCUGCGCUAACACACUUGAUCCAAGCCUUCCUGUUUUGAUAAAGGUAUGUGAGAUCAGGUGGACACUAAUAUGUGCUGCUUGUCAUGUUUGUCUGUGGUGUUUAUUUGUUUUAAUAAAAUUAAUAAAUUUGA